AUGGACUUCUUUAAUUUGAAUAAUAAUAAUAAUAACAAUAAUAAUAAUAUCAAUAAUAAUACCAGCAACAAUAACAAUAGUAAUAACAACAAUGCAAAUGCCGGUACCAAUGGUGUUGACGACUUCCAGAAUUUUUUCGACCCAAAGCCUUUUGAUCAGAAUUUGGAUUCUAACAACAACAGCAACAAUAAGAACAAUGCGGCUGCUGCUAGGGCGAAUUUUACUUCUCCGGCACCAGUUGUCAGUAAUGCUGCUAACUUCAUUCAAAACCAAUCUCCCCAGUUCAAUUCGCCAUAUGACUCUAAUAAUUCCAACGUCAAUCUGAACAGCCUAUCUCCUCAAGCGAUCUUAGCAAAGAACUCUAUCAUCGAUUCCGCUAAUCUGCCUAUGCAAAAUCAGCAGCAACUGUAUAGCGGUAAUAACAACAGCAAUGCCCCAAUUGCUAACGAUAACGGCAUAACACCUCAUUUCAUUACUAAUGUUCAGUCUAUCAGUCAAAACUCCUCUGCUUCUACCCCAAACGCAAAUGCAAAUCCAGCCCUCAGCACAAAUCAACAGUUCUUACCGUUUAACAAUGGAGCUACCAAUAAUAACAGUUUAGCGGCUAAUCAGCUCGUGUCUAACCACGGCACUCCAAAUCUCAUGGAUAGAUCAUCCUCUGCAAGUAACGAAUUUGUUCUAAACACUAAUAAUAAUAAUAAUAAUAAUAACAGCAACAACAACAGCAAUAAUAGUAAUAAUAAUGGUAGUAGCAAUAAUAAGCGUAAUAACAGCAACAAUGGUACAAACAAUAACGCUGCUGCUGCUGCUGCUGCUGCUGUACCGGCUGUACAGGCUGUACCUGUUGCGAGCACCGCCAAUAGCAAUAACGCUACUUCGAAUGCCAAUACGGUAUUUUCUGAGAGAGCAGCAAUGUUUGCUGCUUUACAGCAAAAGCAACAGCAACGUUUUCAAGCCUUACAGCAACAACAACAGCAACAGCAACAUCCACAGAUCCAACAACAGCAACAACAGCAACAACAGCAACAACAGCAGCAUCAGCAACAUCAGCAACAACAGCAACAACAGCAACAACAGCAACAACAACAGCAACAACAACAGCAACAGCAACAUGCACAGCUUCAACAAUACCCGCAACAGCAGCAACAAAAUGCCAAGUAUCUACAAAGUCAACGCCAACAACAACAAAGAUCUAUUUUACAAAGCUUGAACCCGGUAUUGCAAGAGAAAAUCUCCACAGAGUUGAAUAAUAAACAAUAUGAACUUUUCAUGAAAUCAUUAAUUGAAGACUGUAAGAAAAGAAAUAUGCCGUUACAAUCGAUUCCGGAAAUCGCCAAUAGGAAAAUCAACCUUUUUUAUCUGUACAUGUUAAUUCAGAAAUUCGGUGGUGCCGAACAAGUAACAAGAAACCAGCAAUGGUCUUUGGUGGCUCAAAGGCUACAAAUAUCUGAUUAUCAACAAUUAGAAUCCAUAUAUUUUAGAAUCCUGCUACCUUACGAAAGAUAUAUGAUCUCCCAAGAGGGUAUAAAGGAAACUCAAGCGAAAAGAAUAUUCUUGCAACAGUUUUUACAAGAACUACUGAAAAAAGUUCAACAGCAGCAGCAACAGGCCACAACGUUGGCCAAUAAUAAUAAUAAUAAUAAUAAUAAUAAUAAUAACAACAACAACAACAAUAAUAAUAAUAAUAAUAACAAUAAUAACAAUAAUACUAUUAAUAAUAAUAACACCUCAUCAGUGCAAACUACUGCCGUCCCCUCCAUUGUUGCUGGUGCUACCGUGCCUGUUACAUCGGCAGCAAGUACACCUUCUGGGACUGUUCCAGUCUCAGCAAACAUUCCAAAAAAGCUUAGCAACAACAUCAACACCAAUAUGAAUAAUGCCAAUAUUACCCAGCAGCAACCUAAGAAGCCGAGAAAGCAAAGAGUGAAGAAAAAGAGCAAAAAGGAAUUGGAAAUAGAGCGUAAGGAAAGGGAGGACUUUCAAAAAAGGCAACAGAAACUUUUAGAAGAUCAACAGAGGCAACAAAAACUGUUAUUGGAAACGAAAUUGCGCCAACAAUAUGAAAUCGAAGUGAAAAAGUUACCGAAGGUCUAUAAAAGGUCAAUGAUUAGAAAUUACAAGCCUUCAAUCAACUCCAUCAAACACUAUAACGGUUACGAUAUCAAUUACAUCUCGAAAAUAGGUGAGAAAAUAGAUUCAAACAAGCCAAUUUUCCUUUUCGCUCCAGAACUAGGUGCUAUAAAUUUACAUGCUUUAUCAAUGUCUCUACAAUCAAAGAAUCUUGGUGAAAUAAAUACUGCCUUGAAUACAUUGUUGGUAACAAGUGCUGACUCGAAUCUAAAGAUAUCUUUGGUUAAAUAUCCUGAGUUACUAGACUCGUUGGCAAUACUUGGGAUGAAUUUGUUAUCCAAUUUAUCACAGAAUAUGAUCCCGUAUCAUCAAAAAACUUCAGACUAUCACUAUGAGAAUGCUGAAUCGAAUCAAUAUCACGUUACCCAACAUGAUAAAAUGGUCGACAGAAUUUUCGAAAAGGUCAGCAACAACGAUGUCCUCACACCGCAUGAUUCCAACGAUGAAAAAGUCUUUACUAUACUAGUAGACUCUUUGACAGGCAAUCAGUUACCUACUCCGACUCCAGCGGAAGCGGGAACGGAUCUAGAUGCAGAAAUGCACAUGAAUACGCAAUACACACCUUUGCCGGUCAAACAGUGGGAUUUCUUACCUGAACCAAUAAGAUUUCUACCUAAUCAAUUUCCUUUGAAAAUCCAUAGAACUCCGUAUUUGAACUCUUUGAAAAAAAUAAAGGAUGAAAUUGAUGAUCCAUUUACAAAAAUAAAUACGAGAGGGGCAGAGGAUCCCAAGGCUCUAAUUAACGAUCAACUAUCUACCAUCUCAAUGAUUUUAAGAAAUGUCUCAUUCUCAGAUAAUAACUCUAGAAUUAUGUCAAGGAACUUCUACUUGAAGAGAUUUGUAUCGGAUUUAUUGUGGUUGAUUUUCAUCCACCCUGAAAAUUUUGCAUGCAAUAGGAAAAUACUCAAUUUCAAAAAGGAUCUGGUUAUUGUUUUGUCAAACAUAUCCCAUUUGUUAGAGAUCAAUUCGUCCAUAGAUUGCUUUUUGAUUCUUAUUCUGGUGACGAGUUUUGGACAACCAAAAGUCAAUCCAAUGGCGUCUUCGUCAUCAUUUGGGUCUGAUUUUUUAACCUUUAACGAAUUCCAACUACAAUGGGGAAAAUAUCAUACUUUUGGUGUAGACAUUUUGGCCAAAUUAUUUUCACUGGAGAAACCAAAUUUGAAACUUUUCGAAUCGAUUUUACUGGAUAACCAAUAUGAUCGGAGCAGUAACAACAACCAUAAAGACAGAAAGCUAUUACAAAGACUUUUGGAUUUAUACAAUGAUAACAAUAAAAACAUUGGCAACAAACAUAACUUAUUGAACGACGUGGUUUCGUUUUUGUUUUCUGUCAUACCAUUCCAACAACUCUUAUCGCAGCCAUCGGAUCCAAGUUCGUUGGUUGAACAGCUUUCACCAGUGAUUUCUCAGAGUUUGACUAGCAUUUUAGUUAUCGUGCAGAAGAUAUUACCCCUGUCCAAUGUACUAUUUACAACGAGCAAGAAUAAUUCAAACAGUAACGGCGAUAACAAUCACAACAACAACAACAACAACAACAACAACAGCGACAGCAAGAAUUCAAGUUUCAAUUUUAACAAAAAUUUACCAUUCGUUUGGCUGAGUUCUGAAGAAAAUAUUGGAUCUGGGCUGUUGAAACUGAGCGAGUUAGUGUUGAAUAUUAGCAAUACCACAACUAAAGGCUCUUUGUUACAACAACAGAAUUAUUCGACGGCGCUUUUGCCGUCAAUCAACAUAUCUUGUAUCCAGUUAAUCAAAUGUUUGAUUGAAAAGAGUAUCAGCUUUGAAAACCGUUUAAACGACAAUUCGGACAUAUUGAGAAGAAUAGCGUCAAUUCCGAACCUGUUCCCCACUGACCUAGAAAUUUUCCAGCUAUUCACAAACCCGGUAAUUGAUAUUCAAAGAUUGAACCAAUACCAAUUACUUUACAGUUUGAAGAACGAAAUCCUAACUAACUUGAAAUGA